AUGUUUUCCCUCAGCCAAGUGGACCCUUUCUUCACCUGGAGGAUGGUGCAGGAAGAGAUGUCACCUGGAUCAUUUCCUUUGGCUGAGCCGAUGGACCUGGACAUAUGGGAGGACAUGGAAAAUGGGACGAGUGUGGAAGAGUUCAUCCUUCUUGGCUUCCAAGGCAGGUGGCAUAAGCGGGUCUGCCUUGCGGUGCUAUUUGCCCUGAUCUACUCCCUGACAAUAAUGGGCAACACAUCCAUCAUAGCCCUCGUGUGGACAACCAGGAAACUCCAGACCCCAAUGUACUUUUUCCUCUGCAAUCUCUCCUUUCUGGAGAUCUGGUACACUACGGGCGUUGUGCCCAAAGCCAUAGGAGUCUUGCUGGGAACAAGCCAGACCAUCUCCUUCCGUGUCUGCAUCCUCCAGUUAUUCUUUUUUCUCUCCCUGGGCUCCACUGAGUGUUUUCUCCUGUCUGUCAUGGCCUAUGACCGCUACUUAGCCGUGUGCUGCCCCCUGAGGUACAGCUCCCUCAUGAGCAGGGGCCUCUCUGCUCGCCUGGUGCUCGGCUCCUGGCUGGGAGGCUUUCUGGCCAUCUCCCUGCUGGCCUUCCUGACCUCCAGGCUGACGUUCUGUGGGCCGGAUGUCAUCAAUCAUUUUCUCUGUGAUAUCGAUUCCUGCCUCGCCCUCUCUUGCAGUGACACGCGGCUCCUGGAGCUGGCAAGCUUCCUAGUCUCCAUCGUUGUUGUGGUGGCCUCCUGUGUGGGCACCCUGGUCUCCUACGCAUUCAUCAUCUCUUCCAUCCUGAGAAUCCAGUCAGCCCAUGGCCGCAAAAAGGCCUUUUCCACUUGCUCUGCCCAUCUCGGUGUCGUCACGAUCUGGUACGGCUCCAGCGUCUUCCUGUAUGUCAAGCCAUCAGCCCAGAACUCCCUGGAGCGGAACAAACUCGUCAAUACCUUCAACACAGUUAUAACUCCACUGUUGAACCCCUUCAUUUACACACUCAGGAACAGAGAAGUGAAGGAAGCUCUGGGGUACGCUUUCCAGAGAAAGUGA